GUCAAGGCAGAAGUGAAAGGGGAUAUGAUCUCCGGUGAAUAAAUAGGCGGUUACCAAGAUAUUAAUCCAAGCGUGUGCACUUGGAAAUAUCAAGAUCAAGAAAUCAUGACGGUGUACAACAUCCGUUGCGGCUCCCACGUGAUCCUCGCCACCGUGACUUCGGAUCCAGCCGCCGCGUAUGGAUGGGUCUGCGAGAUCCUCAAAUUCCACCGCAGCAACCAUGCCUACCGCCAACGCAGCCUCCUGGUGGGGCUGGGCGUCCAGUGGGUGUCCAGGCACGCCGCCACGCUCCAGCUGUGCGUGGGGUCGAGCUGCCUCAUCUUCCAGCUCCACCACGCCCACCACUGCCCCAACUUCCUUCGCUGCUUCCUCGUGGACCCCAACGUCAUCCGCGUCGCGCUGUGGGACAAUGCGAUCGCAGCGAUGCUAUGGAGCUCGCCGCACGCUCUCCAGGUGGGGCGGGUGGGGGAUGUGCGCAGGGCGGCGUACGCGCUCAUGAGGUGCGGCCGGGGAGCGACGAUGGGGGAGCUGGCGCAGGAGAUCUUGGGAAUUCCGGGGAUGCGGAUGGAUGAAGCGGUGGCGUACAGCGACUGGGAGAAUCAAGAACUCACAUAUCAGCAGGUUCAGUAUGCGUGCCGUGUUGUUGUUCUUCCUUUCUUGAUGGCCUCGGAGCUUCGCCUUUGGGAAUAUUUUCUCUAACUACUUAUUUCAUCAAAAACUAUUCACAAACUUGGAUAGCCAUCUCUGAAUUUUGUGCGUGCUACUUUUCUUUGUGAUUUCAUUAAUCAGAUCGCAGGUAUCAUUGAUUUGUC